AUGGACACGCCAGAGUCAUGCCAGGCCAAGUGCGAGGCGGAGGCGGACGUUUGCGGCGCGUGGGAGUAUGAGAACCAUAGCUUCGACAACAAGGAGUGCGAGCUGCACGAGGCUUCGGUCGUCUCGGUCGAGCAAACCCGCGCUCAAGGCGAGUGCGAGCUCACCGAAGGCGGCGCGCUGGGAUAUAGGUGCUGCUGGGUUGCCACAGAGACCGCCUCUUCCCACGCGGGAGCGGACUGGGCGGGUUGCACCGCCAAGGACAGGUGUGGCGACUUCAAUGGCGUCAACAACUUUACGAUUGGAGACGCUCUGUAUGUGGCGCAGAUGUGGGCCGGCAAGGUCCCGCGCACGGCUUGCAUGGGCGGCGACUUCGACCAACGCAAUGGCUUCACAAUCAGCGAUGCGGUCUACGUGGCGCAGGUCUGGAGCGGGCACGAGAGGUUUCCGUGGGAGGGCGCCAUGCCACCCGCGCCACCUCAUCUCUCGCCGUCGCCGCCACCGCCGCCCCGCCCGGCGCUAGACUACGGGUUUCCCCGAUGCUACACUGGCUUCUCCAACUACGACACCGCGUGGAUCAACCCAACGGCGCAUUUUGAGGUGCGUCCGCUCGAGGGCUUUGCCAAGCGGCCAUACGAGGGCGCGAGCGCGUCCGAGUGCGACGCGGUGGAGGCGCCACUCAUUGCCUUGGGCCCGCACUGGUCCCCGCUCGGGUUGGUGCGGUAUGAGCCCUCGUCGCCGCGGAACGCUCUCCCGGAGCGCUAUCACGGUGCGCUGCUGGUCGCUUCGCACGGCUCGUGGAACCGCGACCCGUGGAUCGGCUACUCGGUCAACGCGUACACGCUUGAUUGGGGCACAUACGCGGUCUCCAGCCAGGAGGUGCUCAUCCCGCCGCUCCGCCAACGGCAAGGCUCGAUGCGCAUCCGGCCGGUCGACCUGCUGCCGAGCCCCGUGGACGGCUCGCUACUCAUGACCGCCGACCGCGACGACUGGGUGGAGGGCACGCGAGGCGGCGCGCUCUACCGGGUGGUGUACGGGGCGGCCCCCGGCGAUGUCGACACGGCAUCCGUCAUCGACGUCACCGCCAUCUCAGGGCUGCACGUGGGCAAUGACGCCGCCUUUCAGCUGGAGCGUCUCGCCGCGCUCCCGUGCGCUCGUCAGAUGGCGCGAUCCACCAGCUCCGCGACGCUGCUGUACGUCUCCACUUUUGAUGGCUUCUGCCCGGCGAGUGCCGGCGGCGCCAUCUAUGUCGUCGAGCUCGACGCCGCCUCGGGGCGGGUCGCCAGGACCGCGACACUCGCGCGCGGACUGCACGACCCGCAAGGCAUCGACACUGACGGCUCGUCGCUCUUCAUCGCCACCGGCGGCUCCUCGGACAACGCGGCUACGCGGGGCAGCUGCGUCCUCCGCAUCAGCGACGUCGACGCGCUCGCGCAGCUGGCGCUCGACGGCGCGGCGCCGAUCGAGCCCAUCGACUCGCGCAUCGAGAGCGUUACGUGCGGCUUCACGCGUGUGCAGCGGUCUCACAGCUGGCGUUCACUCAGAGUGGUGCCCGGUGGGACACACGCGGUCGUCUCUGUCGGUGCCGACUGCAACUGGGAUCCGGGCUGCGCCAACGAUGGGCAGGGAGAUCUGCAAACGACGCUGGUGUACGUCGAUCUCGAGAGCGGGGAGGUGACGAUCGCGGCCCGCGGCAUCCGCAACGCCAUCGGCCUCUUUUUCGACCCGUUGGGAAACCUUCUCUUCACGUCAUUCGGCUCCGACUGGGCCGCGGGGAUACCGGGGGCGACGUCGCACAACAACGUGCCCGAGGAUGUGGUGGAGGUGCUGCGGCGAUAA